GUGAACUCCAGUUUGCCUGUUCAUCUGACUUCUUCAAAUGUAAAGCAAAACCCAGAAUUUGCUAAACUGUUGACAUCCUUGACAAGACACCUUACAAACACAGGCAUGUCACUUACUGUUCACAAGGACUUGAUGCAGGUUAGUGAUAUAAUCGCUUUGAAGCAGGCUUGUGUUUUGGACAUUUCUUUUCCUUAUUCUUGGAUGCUAGAUACUAUCAAUCAUUUUUCUGUCUUUCUCUAUUUAUGGGGAGGGGAUUUAUAAUACUCAAACCUACUACAGUCAACUCUCUCUAAGAUGGAUACCUUUGGGACCGGCAGUAAGUGUCUGUCUGAGAGAGGUGUCUGUCUCAUAGAGAGUCAAAUAAAGGGAGUAAAGAAAGGCAGGGACCAACUCUAAGUGUCCGUUUUACAGAGGUGUCCGUCUUAUAGAGGUGUCUGUUAAGAGAAAGUCGACUGUAGUAAGUUAUAUCCCUAUAUAUAUGUGCUGAUAUAAAGGAGGUUAUGAGAAUACAUGUAUUAAAGCUCCUCCCCCCCAAAGGCGGGAGAAGCCAGUACUGUUCCAAAGUCCAAAAUACACCACAAGAAGACCCAUUUGGCUUUAACAGAUUGGACAGUUUUAAUUACAUUUCCCCACAUGCUGAACUGAUCUCUAAAUCUCUGAAGGAUAACAAAUUUAGUAAAAAAGUUAGAAUACAGAAAAGCUGGAAAAAAAGUGUAAAGAAAAGUACAAACUUACCCCUUCCUGGGCUCUACAGUCAGACGGUGUGGUUGAUAACUAACAAAACCUAACACUCAAGGGCCAAUAUUUAUGAUGCUUGCCUUGCAUAAAAAUGGUGGUAAAGCAAAACACGGGUGCUGCUACACUUGCUCUUUCUGUAAUCAGUAAUUCCCUAAGUAUAGUCCAAAAUGGGAGGUGAUGCCCCUGGGGUUUUUGGGUCAGUUGCUGCCAAACAUGCAGCAUUGAUUUCUUUUACAUCUGUUUAUGCACUGACUAUUUAAAUGCCAUUUCUAGGCUGAAGAUGCACUGAAACAGCAAAAGCUUAAGUACUUACAGCUCUUAGCACUUUACUCAGAACUGAAGGAACUGCUCAUGGAGUAUGACAUGAAGAAGCAGGACAUUCAUCCUGGUUCAACCACUUCACAGGUCAGUCUUGUUUCAUUGCAUGUAAGGGAAUCCAGAUUCUUGAUCUGUAAAAUGUUCGCUUGUGGAAUCCACAAUCUAGGAAAUUUUUGAUUGUGGAAUAAUUUUACAAUCCUGGGCUUUGGAAUCCAGAAUCAUGCUCAAGGAAUCCGGAAUCCCCCAAAUGAAAUCCAGAAUCCAAGUUCCGCUGAUAAAGAAUCUGGAACCCAGUGCCUGGAAUCCGGAAUCUACGGUAUGGAAUCCAAAAUCUAAGACUGUCUUGGAUUACCUUGCAUGGAGUGACUUAUUUUAUUGCACCCACACACAUCUGGUCCACAAGUACUGUAAACCUUUCAAAUUCUUUUUAGCACUCAUCAUAAACUGUUUGAUAGACUGACCAUGAGUAGUGUAUGUUUGGGAAAGUUUGACAGUGCUCUUUUGACAUUUCCUGACAAAAGAUUGUAAGACAUUCUGUUUGGCUGUGCAGUGAUUACAGUGAAUGUUAUGAAGCAAAAUAAGAUGCUGGCCUUAGAUAUUCAAAAGGUGAAUAACACUAUCCCUCAGACAGAUAAUCUCUUUCCAGUGGAUUUAACAAUAUGGUUCGAACUCUCAUUGACCAAACUCAAGUGCAAAGUUUUGAACAUUUUGACAUCUUUUCUACAUGUAUGGUCAAUACGAAUAUAAACCAUGGAAAAAUUAUUGUAGAGGGCCAAGUUGUUCGAAGGCCGGUUAGCGCUAACCCAGGGUUAAAUUUUAACCCAGGUCUCUUUUUCUUUUCAUCAAAAGCAUUUUCUCAAAAAAUUUUCUCUAUUCUACUUAGAGUAACUAAUCAUCAAAUUGUAGACAAAAAGAAUUCAACUGAAUUUGCUUUUUAAGCUUUCAUAUCCAAAUUCAAAUUUUGUACUAACCCUGGGUUAUGUUAACCCGGCUUUGAACAACCCGGCCUUUAACAGCCCGGCCCAGUUGUUGAUUUCUUUUUUACAAGAACAACAAUUGACAGUUUUUGACGUCCAUUUUUGCUGAAUUUUUUCAAUGAAUAAUACACAAGAGAAAUCUGAGAAGAACAAAUUGCACCACCGGUACAUCAUUUCCAUGGUCUGUGCUCUCAUUGGUCAUAGCUAUCAUCCCAUCAAACUGUGAGACAUUGCUCGGUUAUCGUAAAAAAAUAAUAAUCAGCAGCUCUGUUACAAGAGUGUUUUCAUUUCUCACUUAGCUGUAUGAAGCUUUGAAGGAGUCCCUGGCUCAGGCUGAAGCAGUUAAUUACCUUGAUUUCCAUCCUGAAGGAGGAGACCAGGCUGCCACGUUUCUUGGGCUUAAAGCUGAACACCUCACUGGUGAAUGUCAAAGGAAGUCUUUACAUCAGGUAUGCAGUGUUCUCCCUAAAUUUUAGCUCAGCAGGUAAGGGACUAUUCAUUGCCAGUAAGGCAAAAAAAAAAAAUGCCCCAGAGAAGCACUUUCCUGGGGGAGGGGAGGGAGUAGUGGAGUGAGGGGCAUGGCCCCACCCUUGGAGAAGCUAAGUUCUUUGAAAUGUCAUUCCCUCAUUUUAAGACCUAUUUUACGUAAAUCGGCCAUUGUUAUCUUUAGACAACAAUUUAAAAUGUUUGAUCCCAAUAAUUUUACUCUGUCUUCAGAGUUCUCUUUCCAAACUGUGUGACCCUUAAAAAGAAAAGGUACAGGUGUAUCUUUAAGUACUUUUCCAUAUAAUUUAUUCAUUUAUUUCCUUGAUCAGAUAGGAUCACAACUUGCGUAUUUUUUAAAACUACAUAAUGUUUAAUUUUAGUAAACCUUCAAGCACUGGUUGCAGGCGGUAAGAAGUGUUGCUUCAGGCAGUAUUAAUUUUACCAGUUACCACCGGAUAAGGAGAACACUGCGUAUGUUGAAUUCCCAAGAGUGACCAACGUCAGUUUUCUCCAGACAAUAUCAAUACAGUCGACUCUCUAAGACAGACUCGUUUGGGACCGGCUCUAUGUGUCGGUCUUAGAGAGAUGUCCAUCUUAUAGAGAGUCAACUAGCCUGCGUACUGAGCAUCUCCGUGUGGUUUUGGAGCAAAGAAUGACCAACAAGAGUCAAAGACCAGGCAAAAAAUAGUGUGAGUAAAAGAGCAGGGAGAGGCUGGGGAAGAAAGGAAGGAAUUAAACAAGCAUUUCCUUCCUUCCCCUCCCCCUCCCCCUCUUUCAUUUUUUGGUUCUCAUUCCAUUUUUCACGCGGCCAAAACCAAAAAUCCUGUUCCUUGGUCUUUCCUUGCUCCAAAACCAAACAAAAACGCUUGCUAUGCAGUCUAAGAGCCAACUAAAAGGAGUAAAGAAAGGCAGGGACCAACUCUGGCUGUCCAUUUUAGCAAGGUGUCCAUCUGAUAGUAAUAGAGGUGUCCGUCAAGAGGGAGUUGACUCGACACAAACAAGAGGAAAAGUUAUGAGAAUUAAUAAAAUGAAUGCAGAAGAGAAAAUGCUUUGAUCUUUAAUCAAAUUCUCUCAACCAAUUCUUUAAGGAAAUGCAGGGAGAUCAGUCUGGUGAAUUUGUGUGUGGAUAUGAUUGGCGCUUAAAGGGUUAAGUCCUUUAAUAAACCUGACAACUAACUUAAAGCUAACUCAAUUAAAGAUCAUGGUUUCUUAUUGCCGGGAUUGUUGCUAACAGAGCUGAGAAUUUAUUUUAAUCAUUUGUACGAUGCCAAGAAGAAAGCAGUGGAUUUUGUUUCUUUUCAAGUGUGCUGAGUCACUAAUAAGUUCAUUUUUCUCUUUCUAUAACAUGUGUAGAGUAAUACCAAGCCAUGGAACUAAAUAAGUUAAAAGAAAAUAAAGCAGCCAAAAUUAAAAUGCUGGAGAAGGUGACUGGAAGUUUUGUUCAGUGCACUUCAAGGCCUUUUGCAGGGGCGUCAUAUAAACAGCUGAGACCGUUGCUUCAGAAAUUGGUUCUGGCCCUAAGCUUUGGCUAGUCUUGUAAAUACCAGGCUGAAAGACAGUCUUGGUUAACCAAUCUACCUCUGUAAAUCACUUGGCAAACCUGGCUCAUGUAAACAGACCCUCUGUAUGUCUUAAUGCUAAUGUGGCUGGUACAAUGACUGUGCCACCUCCUUCAUUCUUUGUUUGUUUUUUACCACUUUACUUUAAGUUUUUAUUGUGAAACACACAAAACCGUGAACACCAGAAAUAUUUAUGGAAUGUUAUAGUGUUGCAAGAAAUAAACCAAUAAGGCAUGAGAUAACUAAACCGCAAACAGCAACGGUAAUUUGUUUGUGGUUUUGAGGUUUGCUUGCAUAUCCUGAACUUUAUUGUGUUUGGCCAGUACACAAUCAACAUUCAUGAAAAUUUUCAUUCGGUCGCAGUUUUCUGAGUUUGACAGUAAAGCUGCUGAGAUUUUAACCAGUUGUCUCUGUCUCUGUGCAUCAAGUCAUUUCAGCAGAACAUCAUACCUGAACUGGAGUCAAGAUUGAUGAGCAAGUGUGAAACAGUGGCAAGUUUUCACAAACCAACAAAACAAGUUGGUAAGAUUUGAUGCUUAUAGCUUGCCAGUGGCUUUAUAUUUUCUAAUAUUAUAAUAUCUAUUUUAUCGUUGGGCCAUUGGCCAUGGGCCAUAAACAGUCAUGUAUGUGAUGUAACAGACCUGUCAAAUUGGUAUGCCCUAAUAGACAGUAUAAUACUACUGAUAAUGCUCAGUUUUUGACAAAUCUAACAGCAUUUCUUAUACUUUGGGCUCUUCAAGUAAAAAAAAGCCUGGGGGAGUGUAAACAGAAAAUGUUGUCACGGGCACAUGUAACCACCCUUUGGCAAGAAAUGGUCUGUCAGGCAACAGAACAUAUCGUACAUUUUUUUUACAAGUAAAUAAUUAUCUAACUACAUCCUAACUAAAUCCUUAUCCAAAUGUCUGCGUUAUCAAAUGUCACGAAAAAAGGAUGACCGAACUGAACUCUACCCACUCUUAUUUCUAUAGAAGGAAUACGUUAAAAAUUAUUAUUUUGGUUUUUAUCACAGAAAACGAACAGCUCUCAUUUGCAAAAGCCACACAACUGCCAGCGUUCCUUGAAAAUGAAAAGCAACUUUUGAAGGAAGAGACAAAGCAGCUUCAGAACAACCGAAUACUGAGAGAUAAACAAUUUAGACAGUUGCAUGAGGUAUGU